GGAACAGAGGAGGGAUUCACUGUAAUUCCCAGUCUGCCCUCAUCACAACGCAAACAGCAAUACAUCACUAUGUUACCCACAACUUGAAAAGAAGGUUCCUGUGUAACACAGCACAGAAGAUAAAGUUUUCAUUGCAGCUGUACCUGAUAAGAAGAGCCAGCUGGAAGAUAAUACUCAGCACAGCAUGGAGUAGAAUAAGUUAUUACACAUAACUCCACCAUAUAAUAGGAAUCCAAGAAGUGACAUCCUGGCUGGGAAACUAUAAAACAAGAACAGCACAUUUGAAUGGUCUUGAAUCUUAUACAAUGGAUACGGGCAAGAAGGAGAUGGAGUUCCUGAGUAAUAGCAUAGCAGCAUAUGCUCACAUUAGAGAUAAUCCGGAGUCAUUCGGACUCUAUUUUGUCCUUGGGGUAUGCUUUGGACUGAUUUUAACACUCUGCAUGCUGGUGAUCCGUAUCUCUUGUAAACCUCGGACUCCAAGUCUUCCUACCAAGCCAAAGAACAGUCCUCCUAAAGACUGUGUGAAGGAACCUCUGUCUGUGCUGAGGGAUGAGGAAGAUCCAGACAGUGACGACAAUGAGGAAACUUUCAUCUUGACUCCUGUGACGGACACAUCACUGGGAAAUCAGCCGACAAUGGAUGGUACACUGACAGUAAAUGUAUUCACAUCAGCAGAAGAGCUGGAGAGAGCCCAGAGAUUGGAGGAACGCGAGCGUAUAAUUCGAGAGAUAUGGCGAAAUGGCCAGCCUGAUAUUCUGGGUACAGGAGCGGGCACAAUAGGUCGUGUACAUUACUAUUAGUAGUCACAGGGGAGAAUUUCAUGUUACAAGCAACUAACUUUUCACCAGGAAUUUUCAGUGCACAAAUCUGAUGCCCUGGUUACUGCAGCUGGCCCUACAGACACUGUAUAUAUUUACAUCAAUAGAUCAGUAGCAAGAUGUGCUGGAUAUAGCAGUCAGAAUCCUGGCACUUUGAUGUACUCACUGAUAAUAUGGGUGUCAGUAGUUCGUUUGGCAGAUGCUUUUAUUACCGCCGAAGCAAUAAUGAAGAGGCUACCUUUAUACCUCAGUGAAUAAUAAUAUGGUCUCUGCUGAUUAUAACGCCACCACUUGGAGGUUCACUGAUCUCCAGUGCCAGUGCAGGUACCAAUUUGUGGCUCUUGACAGCCACACAAAGGAAAAAGCAGCUCGAUUCUUCUUCACCCAUUAAGCCAUGAUUUCUGAGACCAAUCUCUGAGUGAAGAUCAUCGAAUUUUCAUUGCUUAAACUGGAACAACAAAACGUUACCUAGGAUGAGUGUUCCCCCAAGAAAUGGUUGUGUAUUCUCGUUAUUACUUCCACCUCGGGGUGCAUGAGAGAUACAAUUGUUAAUUACAACAAAACUGCUGUCUUCCUACCCCAUUCCAAUAUGUGUGCAAUAUUCAGAUUAACGUGCAGGUACACAUCAUAUGGAUGUUGCUACAGGCUUUAGCAUACUAUACAUGCUAUGGAAAUGUAUGCAAGCUAAGCAAUAAAUAAAUAUGAGGCAUGCAUAACUUCUAAAUGUUUGUAUACAUGCAAACAUGAGCAUCUCUUCAAAAAGAAAUCUGCAGCAUCCAUUAUAUAGUGUACUGUACACUGAAGUUAUAGAGAAAACUCCCAAAUCUGUCUGUUCCUGGAUUUAUGAUGUGGCCAGCCUUGUGAUGUCAGCUAUAACUAGGGCGAGGUUGCUGCAUUCUGGAUUAACCACAAACAUGCUGGAUUUUGCAGGACUGGAUAUAAAUGCAUUCAGGUGACAUGCAAUUGCCUUAUAUGUAUAUGUCUGUUCCUUGCUUACAAAUCUAUGGCAGGCCUGCUGCUGCACACAGGGUUAACAGCCUGCAGUUUAUUACAGGACUUUCUGGCCUCUUGGUUUAAAAACAUCUGUUUUUCUUCUUGUUCCCCCACAGUGUGGGAACACUGGUGCUUUAAGUCUCAUUCCUGACUCUCCCCCAAGGAUAAAAGAACAUUCCACAUUAACAUUAAACGCUGCCACACGGGAAAAGGCAGGAAGUGAUGUUUUUCUAAACUCCAGUUAAAGUGCUGAUGUAUUUCUUUUAUGUACAAGCCACUGCAGUAUUAGCCCUGUAUAUGUAGCUGUAGAUAUGUAUGUAUGUAUGUAUGUGUGUCAUCACAAUAUCUGUCUCUUGUGCUAAAGGGGGAUGGUCUGCGUCGCAGUCAUUGGGUAUUAAGUGAAAAGAGGCAUGAAUCGAUGAGCAAAAUUUCACACCAUUUCUGCAAAAUAUUCCUAUCAUUCCAAGUUUGGCUGUGAGUGUUCGAACUUCCCAGACAUCAGGGAUGUAUUAAUAGAGAAGAGGGCCAUGUGCGGUCAUGUCUGAGCCCCCUCCGCUCUAGCCGGCAGUGCAUUACUGCGCACUAGUAGACUCUGGUGCUAUGCCAAAGUCUACUGCGCAUGUCACUGGCGUAUUUAUAAUGGGUGCAGUGUAUGCAGUGUACACGGGCCCCUGAGGCCAGGGGGGCCCACACUGCACACAUUUCUUGAAUACUUGAUCACUUCAGAGUCCCGCCGAUGGCAGCAGCAGAAAUCACCGGGAAAAUAGUGAUGCUGCCAUUUUCCUGGCAUUAUGCGCAUGUGCAGUAGAGAAAUAGCUGGGAAAAUGUCCGUCGUGCCAUUUUCUGGAUAUCUGCGCAUGCGCAUUAGAGUCUGAGCCCUCUGGAGCUCAGACUCUACAGUGUUGCUGGCAGGGAUGAGGGGGCUCGGAUGGAGGAGGCUGCAUACGGGCCCCCUCCUCUUUUAAAACACCCCUCCCGCAUGUCUCUGGUGAAAUGGCUUACACAAAUUGCCGGAAAAAUGGCAACCAGGCCACUUUCCCGGAGAUUUGUGCAGCACUGCAGUUGGUGUGGGACAAAUAUAAAUAUAGAUCUAAAAUUUCAUCAAACCUCACCUAGAGCCAUAUAAAUCAUUCCCAGAUUCACCCAUACAGAUCCACUUUUUGAGACCCAUGAAUUGGGGCUGUUCCAUAUAAACUGGGAUAAUUGGGAGGUAUAAAUACAGUAUGGUAAGACAUUCUGUGGAACUGCAUAGCAAAUGUGUAAUUCAAAGAUUAGACCUCUGUGAAUUUACCUGUUCUGCUGCGAUAUUUACUUUGGGUGAAAUUCUGCUCAUCUCUAGAUAUGUCUGUCUUUGCACUUGUGUGAUAGGGAAGUGGGAGAUUGGACUUUUUAUUUAAUGUGAGUUGGGGAUAAGUUUCUGAAUAUUUAUGAAUUAAGGGGGUUAUUCAGAGUUGUAAGCAAACCAAAAAUAUUAGCAAUUGGGCAAAACCAUGUUGCAAUGCAGGUGGGGCCGAUAGUUACAUACUGUAAUUACAUAAGUGUUGAGGUUGAAAAAAGACAAAUGUCCAUCGAGUUCAACCUGUAUUAUAAUUUUUUUUUUUUUUAUUAUUUUUUUUAUAUUAAUUAAAUGCUGUAUUCCUGGAUAUUUAUUUCCGCUAGGAAUUUAUCUAAUCCAUUUUUAAACUUAUUGAUUGAGUCCACCAUUAAUACAUUCUCUGGCAGAGAAUUCCAAAUCCUUACUGUUCUUACUGUGAAGAACCCUUUUCUCUGUUGUGUAUGGAAUUUUUUUUUAUAAUGGGUGCAGAUGUAAUAUGUGCAGAGAGAGUUAGAUUUGGGUGGGGCGUGUUCAAACUGAAAUCUUAAUUGCAGUGUAAAAAUAAAGCAGCCAGUAUUUACCAUGCACAGGAACAAUAUAACCCCCCCUCCAAAUCUAACUCUCUCUGCACAUGGUAAAUAUGCCCUACCUGCAGUACAACAAGGUUUUGCCCAAUUGCUAACUUUUUUGGUUUACUAACAACUCUGAAUAACCUCCUAAGUGGAGGUAUAGCAAGUUCUCUAUAUAGAAAGUUAUGUACCCUAAUGGGUAUUAGGAUGAGACGUGGCUGUCCAAAUACCUAUUAGCCACAAUAUAGAUGUUGAUGUCUUGAUGUCUGGCCAUUAAUCUAGAUUGAGAGGAAUAUAUCCUAAUAUGAUUGAAGAUGAGACUUUACAGUCUUUGAUUGCCAUGUAUUUUGAGAGGUUGGCAAGUAUGUGAUUUAAAAACUGUGUAUAUUUGGCAUUGAGAGAUGUGUUGUGAUGUCUGUGUAGUACACAGUGUGUACUAAAAGGAAAUGAGAGAUAUGUGUACUGGAGCCAGUGCUGUCCAACUUACUUGGUAUGGAGGGAUGUCAAGUUUGUCCACAGAAUUUUUUUUUAUUUUCUUCACACAAUGCAUUUUGUUGCACCUAAAACUUUCUGUCAUCUACCUCAUUACAGCCCCACUACUACUCUCCACACUCUAAGGUGGGCAAUAAGCGGCCCUCCAGCUGCUAUGCAAUUACACAUCCCAGCAUGCCAUGCCACAGUUUUGCUGCCAGGGCAUGCUAAAACUGUGUCAAGGCAGGCUGGUAUAUGUAGUCCCACAGCAGCUGGAGGGCCACUUAUUGCCCAAGUGGCGGAAAGUCUAAGGCAUGUAUGUAGAUGCUCCCUGCAGUUGAAGUCUGGGUCUCCUUGACUGCAGAAUGGUUAGUGAGACCUAUCUGGCCAAACAGUAACAACGGUUCCAAACAAUUAGUGCUAUUCCUGUGAUAUGAAGUGAUGUGAAACUGAAGGAGUGAGUGGAAUCACCUAUUUCUAAAUGACACAAUUGCAGUCUAAAUGACACAAUUGCAGACAUUUCUUUAUGCAGUGCUAAAAUGUUUGCCAUGAAAACAAUCACAGUAGGUGUGCUAGUAUGCUGGAUCAGCCUGCAGGUUACAGACUGGACACAACAGUGUAUGAGGUGAUAGGUAGGUGUUCUGAUUUGUGUGUAGUAAAUGUUCUGUAAGAUAAUUCCACUGUGUAAUUAGACAUAUUCGGAGAUGGUGAAAUGAUGUCCCCUUUAGGUCAGUAUAAUACACCAACUUGGAGAGGGGUACAGUUAUAUCUAGGUAAAUGACGGAACUUUUCGAAAUUCAGACCAAAAGUGCUGUAUUUUAUAGAAUCUGAUUCUGAAUUUUAUGUCAUAGUUAUAUUAUCUAUUUUUUGAAUUCUAUUAAAAUGUUGAAACAGGAA